CGAUUCCCAACAUAACAACCAUGCAAUUAUACAUGUGGACCUUGGAUUACUCCUUUUUAUCAAAGUUCUCCAGCUUUUGAUCGAUCGCCUCCCUGAAAUUCACUCAGCAAUUCCUAUUUCCUUUUUGCUCAUGAUGGGUCUCAUUAGAUCCUCUUUUUCUUUGUGACAAGGGUCUUAUCUUGGCUAGUUGAUCUUCUCUGUUAGUUUACUUCUUCAGGAUCAGGCAGACAAUUGAGGAGGAGGGGGUCUAAUUAAGGGUACAGACAGCACAGAGAUAAUGGCUGCACCAGUGAGUAAUCGCCUGCAACAGAUGCUGAAAUCUGCAGUGCAAUCAGUCCAAUGGACUUACAGUCUCUUCUGGCGUAUCUGCCCACAACAAGGUUGUUGCUGAUCAGGAUCUUAGUAUGGGGAGAUGGGUACUACAAUGGGCAGAUAAAGACCAGGAAAACAGUGCAACCAAUGGAGGUGAGCGCUGAGGAGGCAUCGCUUCAAAGGAGUCAACAGCUUAGAGAGCUCUACGAGUCAUUGUCAGGCAGUGAGACUAACCAGCCGGCUCGCCGGCCUUCUGCUGCAUUGUCACCGGAAGACUUGACAGAGACUGAGUGGUUCUAUCUUAUGUGUGUUUCCUUCUCUUUCGCGCCUGGUGUGGAGUUACCGGGAAAGGCAUUUGCGAGACGGCACCAUGUAUGGCUCAGUGGUGCGAAUGAGGUCGAUAGUAAAGUGUUUUCAAGGUCUAUUCUUGCCAAGAGCGCUCGCAUUCAGACAGUUAUAUGCAUUCCUCUCAUGGAUGGCGUUGUCGAAUUCGGCACUACUGAAAGAGUUCAGGAGGACCUCAGACUGGUACAACAGGUCAAAAGCUUCUUCGUCGAACACCACAACCCCCCAAAGCCAGCCCUCUCCGAGCACUCGACCUCGAACCCAGCAACUUCCGUAGAUCGUCCCCAGUUCGACUCGUCCCCACCCCUUCCCGCCGUGUACACGAUCGCAGACCCACCCGCCAACGUCAAUGAAAACGAUGAGGAAGAAGAAGAAGAUGAGGAGGAUGAGGAGGAGGAUGAAGUCGAGUCCGACUCCGAGGCCCAAACCGGGCGUGGCAGUCACCCCAACGCCGCGCAACACCCGCGGCGCAUAUGCCCACCGAUCAACCAAGGUGGAACGCCAGCUCAAGCGGCAGCCGAGCCAAGCGAGUUGAUGCAGCUGGAGAUGUCGGAAGACAUCCGGAUGGGAUCGCCGGACGACGGGUCGAACAACUUGGAGUCGGACGUACACAUUCUGGGGGCGAGCCAGUCCGGCGGGCAAGAGGAUCAUCAACGCCGAGGGGACUCGUACCGGGCGGAAUCGGCCCGUAGGUGGCCGCAGUCGAAGCAGGAUCAGCUGGGCAACGGUCUUCAGCCACCACCUUUGGCUCCUCAAAUGGACGAAUCGGCACAAGAAGACAGCCACUACUCUCAAACAGUCUCCACUAUCAUCCAGCGGAAUUCCAGCCGGUGGUUGGAAUCCUCGUCGGUCGGCCCCGUCGGAUACUCUGCACACUCGGCGUUUUCCAAGUGGAACUGCCGGAACGAUCACCUCCUCCACCUGCGGCUGGAAGGCACGUCGCAGUGGCUCCUCAAAUACAUUCUCUUCACCGUUCCCUUCCUGCACAACAAGUACCGCGACGAGAACUCACCAAAAUCCCGAGACGGAGACUCCGCCGCACGGUUCCGCAAGGGCACACCCCAAGAUGAGCUCAGCGCGAACCAUGUCCUAGCGGAACGCCGGCGACGCGAGAAGCUCAACGAACGGUUCAUCAUACUGAGAUCAUUGGUCCCGUUUGUGACCAAGAUGGACAAGGCGUCCAUACUCGGGGACACAAUCGAAUACGUCAAACAGCUUCGGAAAAAAAUCCAGGACCUCGAGUCACGUAACCGGCAGAUGGAGAGUGAUCAACGACCCAGAAAUGAGGACACCCAGAAGACAAGCAGCUCCAAGGAGCAAUGGAGCGUGCACGGAAACAGUGGGAUUACGCUGCCGGAACGGAGCCGAGGAUUCGCAGGAUCGGAUAAGAGGAAGUUGAGAAUAGUAGAAGGAGCGGGGGGACGAAGACCGAGUAGGAUGGUGGGGAACACGGUUGAGGUGUCGAUUAUCGAGAGUGAUGCAUUGCUGGAAUUGCAGUGUCCUUACAGGGACGGACUACUAAUCGACAUAAUGCAGAUGCUGCGGGAGCUCCGAUUCGAGAUCACCGCCGUUCAUUCUUCAUCAACCAACGGCAUCUUCAAUGCAGAGCUACGAGCUAAGGUGAAGGAGAAUGUAAAUGAAAAGAAACCAAGUAUUGCGGAAGUAAAAAGAGCAAUACACCAAAUUAUAAAUGAAUUCUGACCCCGUAUCUGUUCUACCGUAGAAGAAUUCUAUUUAGAGCUAGAAUUGACGGUCGACCAUGGCGAUCUGUGUGCUAACUACUGAUAUAAUCUCCUUGUAGUGUACAAUGUAAUUGUGACUUGUGACUUGUGAGCUACUGAUGAGAAAAUAAAUGAAAUUCCCAAAUCCAUGUUGAUGUAACAUAUAGAUAUUAUAUAUAGAUAAAAUUUUGGUCC